GAAUUUACAAUUUUAUAUUUUGCUUCUGCUCGUGACGCUAUAAACAUUUCAUCUGAAAUAAUUUCUAUUCCAUCUACCAGCUCAUCCUUAUCGCUUCAAGAUUUGACGAAUCUUUUGAAAAAUCGUCACGAAAAUCUCGGUAAAAUUCUUGAAAAUUCUAUGUUUGCAAUUAACAUGCAAUAUGUUGACAAGGAUGACGAAUCGAUUAUGGUGAAACCCGGUGAUGAA